AUGUCAGGUUCAACGCUCAUGGAGAAGUUCGAUCGCAUGCCGAAGGUAAGCACAGAUGAAAUGUUGGCUAAUCUUGUUUGCAGCUUCGGCAGUUUGAUGCGUUUCCAAAAGUACGUGAAUCAUAAGUUCUUACGCAAAACGCAGACACAGCCGAUCUACCAGAAACGAACAUCGUACGGCGGAUUCGUGACCCUCGCAGUGUUCAUUGCAACCAUGGUGGUGAUCUGGUAUGAAAUUCAGCACUAUCUGAUGCUGAAACCGACGUAUUCAUUCGACAUUGACAGUCAUGUUGGCGGUUUUAUGCAAAUCAAUUUGGACGUUGUCGUCGCGACACCAUGCGGUCGUACGUACCCAUAUGACGUGCGCUUUCCAUGUAUACUUACUCUAUCAGGUGUGUCGAUUGAUCUCCGUGACGCUUCAGGUGAUACGCUGCAUUUUUCUGAAGAUGAUAUCGUGAAAGACCCUGUGGAUUUUAACAAAGAAAGGCAGCGUGCCCAAAAACGCAGCUUGACGCAGUACUUCCUGAAGAUGCUUCACAGCCAGUACAGAAAUAUGAAAAAGAUUGAACGGAAGGACAAGAAGAUUGUCGCCGGUGGUCCGCGGCACCGAGACUCUGGUUUUGACUUCUCAGAUCCCAUGGAGAAUGCUGAAGAAGCUCGAGCCUGCCGAGUAUACGGCAGCAUUCUUGUGAAGAAAGUGACAGGUAACUUGCACAUUUCUACAUUUGUCCCUACGUUUAUGGCUGUAAAUGCGCAUGAAAAUGGUAUGGGAAUUGACAUGUCGCAUAUUAUCCAUGAAUUUAGCUUCGGCGACUAUUUCCCAAAUAUUGCGGAGCCGCUAGACGCAAGCUUAGAACUCACAGAUGAUCCAGCUGCUGCAUUCCAGUAUUUCCUGUCUGUCGUGCCGACUCACUUUAUUCAUGGACGUCGCGUGAUCAAGACGAAUCAGUACAGUGUGCACGACUACAAACGAAACCCACAGGGUAGUCUUACCUUCCCUGGCUUGUACUUCAAGUACGACAUUGAACCACUUACGAUGAAAGUUACUCAUAAGUCUGUUUCCUUGGUGGCAUUUAUUGUGCGUGUGUGCAGUGUGCUUGGCGGUCUGUGGAUCUGCACUGAUCUGGCUAUUCGCAUAUUUAAUCGGCUCAUGGCUGUUCGGCUAUCAUGGGCGCAUGGAAUUUCGAUAGACCCUGCAAGUACGUCGCCGAUGUCAUCCAGCCACUAUGAGCCGCCAUACUUUUCAGGACCACUUGAUCCUCAAUCGCAGGCAUACUCGCCCUAUGGCUCAUAUGGAUCGAGUUCAGCGAACUUUGUCACACAUGGUCCAGGGGAAACGAAGUACCGCCCUUCAUCUGCCUUCUAA